AUGACUAUAAGGAAGCAACGAUUCUCUCUUCUGAAACAACCUAUAUCCUCCACACUUAACCAGCAUUUGAUAGAUUAUCCAACCCCGAGCAAUCUGAGUUAUUUUUGGGGGUUCGGUCCGUUAGCAGGUAUUUGUUUAGUUAUUCAGAUAGUGACUGGCGUUUUUUUAGCUAUGCAUUACACACCUCAUGUGGAUCUAGCUUUCAACAGCGUAGAACACGUUAUGAGAGAUGUGGAAGGGGGCUGGUUGCUCCGUUAUAUGCAUGCUAAUGGGGCAAGUAUGUUUCUCAUUGUGGUUCACCUUCAUCUUUUUCGUGGUCUAUAUCAUGCGAGUUAUAGCAGUCCUAGGGAAUUUGUUCGGUGUCUCGGAGUUGUCAUCUUCCUCUUAAUGAUUGUGACAGCUUCUACAGGAUACGUACCACCUUGGGGUCAGAUGAGCUUUUGGGGAGCUACAGUAAUUACAAGCUUAGCUAGCGCCAUACCUGUAGUAGGAGAUACCAUAGUGACUUGGCUUUGGGGUGGUUUCUCCGUGGACAAUGCCACCUUAAAUCGUUUUUUUAGUCUCCAUCAUUUACUCCCCUUUCUUUUAGUAGGCGCCAGUCUUCUUCAUCUGGCCGCAUUGCAUCAAUAUGGAUCAAAUAAUCCAUUGGGUAUACAUUCAGAGAUGGAUAAAAUUGCUCCUUACCCUUAUUUUUAUGUAAAGGAUCUAGUAGGUCGGGUAGCUUCUGCCAUCUUUUUUUCCAUUUGGAUUUUUUAUGCUCCUAAUGUUUUGGGGCAUCCCGACAAUUAUAUACCUGCUAAUCCGAUGCCCACCCCGCCUCAUAUUGUGCCGGAAUGGUAUUUCCUACCGAUCUAUGCCAUUCUUCGCAGUAUACCUGAUAAAGCGGGAGGUGUAGCCGCAAUAGCACCAGUUUCUAUAUCUCUGUUGGCUCUACCUUUCGUUAAAGGUAUGUAUGUGCGUAGUUCAAGUCUUCGCCCGAUUCACCAAGGAAUCUUUUGGUUGCUUUUGGCGGAUCGCUUACUACUAGGUUGGAUCGGAUGUCAACCUGUGGAGGCACCAUUUGUUACUAUUGGACAAAUUCCUUCCGUGGUUUUCUUCUUGUUCUUUGCCAUAACGCCCAUUCCGGGACGAGUUGGAAGAGGAAUUCCCAAUUCUUACACGGAUUUGACUGAUCGCACCUGA